UGCCCAAAACGUACGGUCGGCAGUUGCUCAUUAAUUUUCUUGCCCAUCUCCAUCCCAUCUACCUUCUUUUAAAUUUGCACCUACUUAAGUUGUUCUCCUUCUUCAGCAAUCUCCUCCAAGAAGCUCAACAUGGCGAUGAUCUUGGAUGCUUUUAUGAGCAAUUUCUCUACUUUGCUCGCUGAUUUUGUCCAUGAAGAGGUGAUCAUGCUGCUAGGUGUGAAGGAUGAGCUUCAAACGCUCCAUCGUCGGAUGAGGAGAAUCCAAUGCCUACUGAAAGAUGCUGAAAAGAAAAAGUUUGAUGAGUCAUCAUCCACUGAACUCUGGCUUUCUGAGCUUAAGGAUGUGAUGUACGAUGCUGAAGAUAUCAUUGACCUCUGCAGAAUUGAGGGCACUAAGCUGCUCGCUGAUCAAAAUCCUGAAUCAAGAACUUCUUCGGUACGUUGCGAUUUCUCAUCUGCCUUCUCCUGUUUCACUAGUGUUCCCUUGCGUCAUGAGAUUGGAAACAGAAUUAAGGAUAUUAAUGAAAGACUCAAGGAGAUAUAUGAAGAUAGAGAACGUUAUAACGAGAAAUCUGCAAUAUCGGAAACCCCACAAAUUACUCUAGUUGAUUCUUGUCAAACUUGUUCCAUGAAUGAUCCUUUUGUUGUGGGAAGAGAGGUUGAGGUUGCAGCAAAUCGUUUGGUUGAUCGGUUGAUUGGGGAGAAGGUUGAAGAAAAAUGCCGUCUUUUUGCAGUUACUGGCAUGGGUGGGAUAGGGAAGACAACUCUGGCUCAAAGAAUUUUUAACCAUCCGAAAAUUAAGAACUUUUUCAACUUAGAUCCUGUGUGGGUUUGCGUUUCACAGACUUACUCAGAGCGUGGAAAUUUUCUGAACGAUAAUGCAUGGUCCAUUUACAACCUUCCUAGGGAGCUUAGUGGUGCUAUGUUCCUUAGUUUUGAAGAUCUACCUUCGCAUAUGAAGCAAUGUUUUCUAUACUUCUCUUUAUAUCCUGAGGAUGCUCGGUUAGAUCUACAUGAGUUUGCUCAGCUUUGGGUAGCUGAAGGAUUCAUAACAAAGCAACAAGAUUCAUUAACAGAAUAUUUAGCAGAAGAAUGCUUCAAUGAGUUACUUAAUAGAAAUCUUUUGCUGCCAAAAGGUUCUUGGGAUGAGUACAAAAUGCAUGAUCUUGUCAGAUCUCUAGCUAUCUUUUUGUCUAAAGAAGAAGCUUCUUUUGGAGCUUCGAAUGUGAGGAAUUCCACCACAUCAAUUAAGCUUCGUCGCAUAUCAGUUGCAAAUCAAAAAGCAACAGUUGAAAUACUCGAUUCUAUUGCAGAUCAAGGAGCCCUGAGAACCUUGCUUGCUUCACGUUCUGAUCUAUUGUUAAAUGAUGAAAGAUUGAGGAGGUUUUCACAUCUACGUGUGUUGGACAUUUCCUGGACACAUAUUCAAGUACUUCCUGACUCUAUAGGAAACCUAAUGCAUUUGAAGUAUCUUAAUUUGAACUAUACAUAUAUAACGACAAUACCAGAAUCCAUAGCGCAAUUAACAAACUUACGAUUCUUGGACAUAUAUAAUUGCCUAAAUUUGAAACAACUUCCUAGUGGAAUCACUCUGUUACACAAUCUUAGGCGCCUUGAUAUUAAUAAAACUCGUGUUUGUUUCAUUCCAAAAGGAAUAGAGAAACUGCAACAGCUUCAUUAUCUAAGUGGUUUUGUGGUGGCCAACAAUGACUCUAGGAGUAGCAAAUUGGAAGAGUUGAAUUCUCUAAAACAGAUAAGAACGCUCAACAUUGACAACUUAAAGAGACCUCAAAGUGAAACAAUACUUCUUAAAGGACUACCUAACCUUUCUACUUUGACGUUGAAGUUCUCUGUGGACAGCUCAAGUCCGAGUGAGGAACAAGAGCUAGCAAUAGAGGAGUUGUUUGACAAGAUAAUACCUCCAGAAAGCCUAGAAAUUUUCAAAAUAGAUAAAUUCUUUGGCCGUCUUUUGCCCAAUUGGAUGGUCUCAUCAUCUUUUAAAAUUUACCUUCCAAAUUUGACUAAAUUGUCGUUCUGGUGCAUAAAAUCAUGCACUCAGCUCCCGCCAUUAGGUCAGCUGCCAGAACUUAGAGAGCUUGAUAUCGUGAGGGCGACUAAAGUGAAGAAAAUUGGGCCAGAAUUUUUUGGUAGUGACGUCAAUUCAACCAGGAUUGCUUUCCCCAAGCUUGAACGGCUUUUAAUCUCGGAUUUUCCUGAGUUGGAAGAAUGGUCUUUUGGCGCUCAAGUUAAGAAAAAUGCAUGUCUUUCAUGUUUACAACAACUAACAAUCAAGCAAUGCUGGUUACUGAAACAACUACCAGAAGGUCUAAAAUACUCUCCUAUGAAGAUUCUUGAGAUACAUUUUGCUGGAAGCUUGAAAUCAAUUGAAAAUCUCCCUGCUGAAAUCGAGGAACUAAAAUUAAAUGGGUGUAUAAAUUUAAAACAGGUGUGUUGUGCCCCUACGUUAAAGAUUCUCAUAGUUUAUUCCUGCAAGGCUUUGUCUUGCAUGGAGAAUAAGUUUGAUUCAUUGCAGAGAUUGGUUUUUUCUGACUAUGAUAAUGAAAGCCUUCCAGAGUGGAUAUUGAAGCCUCUACAACAAUGUGGGUUGCAAAGUAAUUCUAAUGAUGACUUCUAUCUUGAGUUGCACUGCAGGAUGGAGGUUUUUCGAGAAUGCUUAGAAGGAGGUUUUUAUUGGGACCUAAUUCAACACAUUCCCCAAGUAAAAGUAUUUGGUCGAGAACAUCAUCUUAAAAAUGUUAAACAUCCUGUUAGCUUUGAUUGCCAUCUUCGAUAUAGUAAACAACUCUAUGUUUAUGAAACAAAGCUUUAA